GAUGAAAAUUUAUUUAUCGAUAGACUGUCUCAAAAUACAACGCCCAAUCUAGAUAAGUUUGGGACAUAACAGGUUUGAAUAAUGGAACAUAUAUCCGAUCAAAUUUCGUAAGAUUAUCCAGAUAUCCAAAUCUGGUUAAAUUGUUUUUUCAUUGGAAUCACUUUCAACAUUUUCAUAUCUCCAUAUAAAUCCAUAAAUGAUAAUUUUCAAUAUAAAAACCACUACAUCUUGGAGCUACAAACUAGACGAUGAAUCUUCAUACAGAAUUAGGUGAGAACGAACGUCAAUUUAAAGACGGUAAAAUCAAUGAGAACGAAUAUAACACACGUCAUAAGUCAUUACUAAACGAAUGGAUAGACGGGCCAAUGAAAACAAAGAAAAUUGAACCUACCUGUGUCAAUAAACCAAAGAAAACAGAUUUAUAUGAGAUCCUUCAGUUAGAACCCGACGCAACCAAAGUUGAAAUUAGUUCAAGCUAUAGGAAACUUGCGAUGAAAUACCAUCCGGAUAAGGAUGGCAGUAUUGAAAUUGAAGAGUGGGGGAAACUCGCAAAAGCAUACCAAAUUCUUUCUGACGAUAACAGCCGUUCUCUAUAUGAUAACUACGGAAUAAUAAGAAAUUCAGGCAAAGCUUCAUUCAACUCAUAUGUAGGAGGAGACUUAUGGCAACCCUACAUUGGCAACUUAGAAAUUGGCCUUUGGUUAUUCUCACUUAUGGACAACAAUGAAUUAGAAAAUUUAGUCUCGAUUGAACAGGCGAAAGAACACCGUCACACCUUUCGUGUAUCCAGCAUUGUUCGUUAUCUACAAGUUAAACUAUCUCGGUUCCCAGAACAAGACAAUUCAUCACAAGAAGAUUAUUCACAAUUUCUAAAAAGCCUCCACGAGGAAGCUCGAAAACUUUACGAUGAACCUAAUGGCAAAGAGCUUCUAUUUUCUUUAGGUGAAAUCUACAUUUCUGAGGCAGGAACCUAUCUAAAUAAAUUUUCUACCGACGAUUAUUUUAGCAUUCUUAAGGUUGUGGAGUUUUUUGUAGACUUGUUAUUUGGAUACUUCGAGUUAAUAACUAAGAAUAAACCUAACCUGGAAGAGAUCAAUAAAUUAGCUUGGAAACUUUCACUGUCAGAAAUAUCUUCCAUCGCUCAUGAAACCUGUGAAAAAGUUCUUAAUGACGAGAAUCUUAGCGAAGCUGAAAGUUAUCAUCUUGCCAAAUCUAUGCGUCUCAUGGGCGAAGUAUGGCUGGAAAUUUGGCCACUUCCAUUAAAAAAAAAUGACGAGAAUAUGUUCUUCAAAGGACACUUUGCGAUCAGUAAUGAAAAGGAAUUUUAUAUUAUUUUAACGAAUCAAAUUUAUUAAAUCGUUUUUGAAAGAUAAAAGUAUUUAUAAAAAAGUUUUAUCUUUUAUGGUUAAGAUUGGAAAAGUUGAUAGUUUUAAAUAAUUAUUGUCAAGAAGGUUUGUAAAGAGACGCGAGGGGAUGAGCCGUGGGAUAAUCCGUCCUUAAAA